AUGCCGUCAUUGGGACCUCCUAUGUUUUCAUCGGAGGAUGAUUAUUGCUUUGGUUCGGCGUACGAGAUUGUAACACCAACAGGUAGUAGUUUCCACAAUAAUAAUCCCAAUAUUAAUAAGAAUAAUAGCACAACUCAACCUCCGCCUCCACCACCACCACGACCUCCGAACAAUUAUCAAAAUUAUACGCCGAGCAAUUUGGGAAAUUAUAAAAAGAAGAAACUCGGAAAGAGUGAUUGGACCGAUUAUUUGGCUUUAAUUUCGCUCAAAUUUUGUACGCAAGAUCAAUCAAGAAGGCUUGGCGAUUACAAUGACAAUGAUAUAAAAAUUAUUUUGGAAAAACAACUGGAUUAUACCCGCACAAGUCUUUCUCUACAAUUAUCAAAGUGUAAAACUUAUCCAGAAAAACCAGAGGGUGCCCAUCGGACAAUGUUAAUAGAUUUCGGAUCUGAACAUUUGAAGAACAAGUAUUGGGACAAAAUAAGUCCUGGAACGCAAUUCAAAAACACAAAACGAGACGAUAACUCGCAAUAUGUUGAAGUUGUAACUUUAUUAGACCUUAUGUAUGAUAGCAAGAAGCGAACAGAAUGUGUUCGUGCAAUGGGUGGAAUGAAAGUUCCACAAUCUACAAAUCUAACACAACCCGAACAGGUACACCAGAGCGGUAAUCAAAUAGACAAUGUUGCUCUUCCCCAAUAUUUACCACCUCCAACAACAUUCAGUAGCCCAGCCGCCUCGUCCUCACCACCUCCCUUAGAUCCUUUAACAAACGAAAUGAAUACCUACGCUGAAAGAUUUGAAAAUCUAAAAAGAAAACGUGAAGCGUAUGAACAAGAUAUAAUAUCCAAAGUUCGGCAUGCCAUCGAAGAAAUGUAUAAACCCAAAGCUAAAAAAGACGAUGUCACAUUCGUGGACGACAAUGACGAUGAUUUAGGAGUAAAAAUCCAUUAA